AAAUCAUCACCAAUAAAACUGAUUAGCUAAAACCAUUAAAAUUAGAUCCGAAGGAAAGUGUGUUUUUCUUGUUCGCCCAAUGGCAUCCAAACAGAGAAAAAUUGGACGGAUGAUGAUGCCGAUUAGUUGUUGUAUCCCUUUGCUUCUUCUUCUUCUUCUUCUUUCAUUUCUGGUAAUCCCUUCUGGAUCUCAAAACACAUCAGGAGAUGAUGAAGAUGAAGAUGGGGUUCUUGAUUCAAUGGGGAAAAGGCGACUCCUUCAAUCCAAGAAAAAUUGCCCGGUGGACAUGGAGAUUCAGAACUACACGGCGAUCACAGGGCAGUGCAAAGGCCCGAACUACUCGGUCCAGCAAUGCUGCGGUGCUUUUCUGACCGUCGCGUGUCCCUUGUCGGAAUAUCUUAACGACCUCACCACCGACUGCGCCUCCAACAUGUUCUCCUACAUCAACCUCCUCGGCAACUACCCGCCGGGACUCAUCUCCAACCUCUGCAAAGGAGACAGGGUUGGCCUCCCCUGCCCCGCCGGAAAUGGCGGUGCAGCUCCCGCCCCGCCGCCCGCGUCGGCCGACGACCACGGCGGCGCAGCCACCUCUCCGCCUGCUCUUUGCCUGGUGCCGUUUCUGCUCUUGUGGAUGCUGUUUUUUUCAUUCUAGAUUUUACUGUGCUUUAAUUUGGUGUAGAGUUAAUUAAUGAACUUCUCUCUAUCUU